UCUGUCAGAUUCUGUAUUUUUGUCUUAAAAUUCAAAGGAAGAUUUUGUGCAAAUCAUUUAAAUUAUUUUCUACUUACUUAUUCAAAAAAAUGGACGACUCAAUGAAACACGAAGACUUGCUAAUAAAACUACGGGCGAAACUAAACGAAGAGAAGAUUAAACUAUGGGAGCCCCCGUUCGUCCAAACAGACGGCGUAGUUCCACAGAGUUUACAGGAUCUAGCACACAAGUACUCAUCACAGUUGUCGGAGACCACUGAGGCAGUGCUCGAGGCCCUUGUUGAGCUUCAGACACACUCCGUGGAGCGGUGCAGAGCCAACCAGGAGUUCAAGGAGACCGGGACCGCUACGCUCAGGGUCAAGGUUGUGCUGCCUGGGGCUAAGGCAAAGAACCUAAGUAUCCAGAAGAAACUAAAUAUUUUGGGUAGUGAGCUGAUAGAAGCUGUUGCAACUGAAAUUAAUGUUGACCAAAGCAGAGUGAAGCUGAUAGUGAAUGGAAAAGUGGUGAAGCCCCAGCCCACUAUCGCGGAGCAAGGAAUACAGAAUGGAGCUCAAGUCAUGGCUCUUGUACUGGCAGAGACCCCGGAGGCUAUAAAGGAGGAGGACAACAUGUACUUGGAGAUGAAGGCGACCCGGGACGACGCCACGCUGCUGUCGGAGUGCGUGGACGAUGUGGACGACGACGAUGAGUAUAUGAAGCUAGAAGACCAAUCAGGCCAAGCGGUACAACUGCCAGCAGCGGAGCGGCGCGCGCUGCUGGUGGGGCUCGCGCUGCACGCCCGCGGCCGCGCCGCCCUCGCCGCAGCGGCCCCGCAGCGCGCGCUGCCGCUGCUGCUGGAGGCCGACCGGCUGUUCAGCGAAUGCCGCUCAUCCCUCCUCGCCCGAGUGGACAACUGGCCUCUCCUACAACUAGACAUAGCGUGGUGCUACGUCAAACUACGCGCCACACACGCGACGCACGCGGGCGACGCGGCGCGGCGGCUGGCGGCGGCGCGCGACGCGCUGACUAGGACGUAUGCUGCUGGCGGGGGGACAACCCACCAGCGAGUCCUGUUCAUGCGUCUGAGCCUCCUCCAGGGCAUCGUGGCGUAUCAUCAGAACAAGCGGGACGAGGCCAGGAGUUUCUUGCAGAGCGCUGAGGAUGACUUGAAUGCUUUGCGAGUAGACCCAUCAGCCCUCCUAUCCCUCCAAGAGCUGGGCUGGUCAGCGGGGGCGGCGCGGGGGGCGCUGCGGGCUACGGCGGGGGACGCCCCCCGCGCGCAUGACUAUCUGGAGACCAGGCGCCAGGAGCGGCAGGAGGCACGGGCUAGGAAUAAGGCUGACAGACAAUCCCGAAAACUCGGCGUGUGUCUCGAUGGAACCCCAGUCUCGGCCCGUCUGGUGGCGGCGCUGGCGGACAUGGGGUUCCCGCGGCGCCGCGCCGUGCCCGCGCUGCGGACCAGUAACAACAACGUCGCUGACGCCGUCAGAGCCUUACAGGAUGAUGGGAUUGUGGCGAGCGAGAGUGAAGGUUCUUCGGACGAAGUGAACAGCAGCUCCGACCACUCGCUGGUGGAACCUGACGAGAAACUUGUCGUUGAAUUGGCUGCGAUGGGCUACGGCACGGCCGAGGCGCGACAAGCAUUGAGCCUAUCGCGGAAUGACGUCAGCAAAGCAGUCGACUUGCUGCACCAAGGUGAUCCGUCCAAUCCGUCAACCAGCGCCGCGACUUCUAGCAAUAAAACCAAGAAAGACAAGAGUGAGAAGAUGAAGAGAAAGAAAGAGAGGGAAGAAGCCUUCGCUCGUCUAUCCUCCUCUAUCGCGGCUGAUGAUGAUGACAACCUCAACUCGUCGUUGGCAGAAGAAGAGGAGGUUCUAGCUCAGUAUCAGUCUCUGCUGUGAGGGGGCAGAAGAGAACAACGGGCGUACGUUCACUAUUGGAUAUUGCAUGCUCUCUGUUAUAAGUUAUACAGGUGAAGCAAAAGUACAGUAAGAGAUUUUUGAGAAAUCCAUGAAAACGUGAGCGUGAUGAACGGAGUUCAUGAGAACGGUAUUUUUUCAGGAAAAUUGUGAGCCCUUCGGCUUAUUAUACCACUUAUGCAACACUCUGUAUAAGUUUACA